AUGGGGAGAAUUACCCCGUUCGUCAUCUCGGUCAGUUUACUCAUAAAUCCAGUGCAGAGCAUCAGUGUAACGCAACAAUUUUCCAAGAUUUGUGACGGCACUCUUCUAAGUCCGUCGGAAAUCGUUACAGUGACGUCAGACAUCGAGUGUGCACUUCGUUGUAACGCAAAAAAAGUUUGCAAUGCAUUUAGCUUACAGAAAACAUCCGGAAGCCCUCCGGAGAGGACAUGUCGAUUAUCCAUGGGCUCCUUUACCUGGGAUUCCAGCACAGAAGAGACACUCUAUCACCUAUCAAUCGAAAAUCCAUUCAACUACACUUUGAUGAAGAACGGAGGUUAUUAUAUUUCUUACGCAACCGAAAAAAUGUACUUCGACAAUAUCAAGCAUUGCGACAACCAAGGUGCCACAACGGCGCCAUGUUACAAGGCAGCAGACCAAAAAAUCAUUGUGAGCCUGCUACAAAUUGGGAAGCAAUUCGUAUCAGGAACCCUGCUGACGUCGAAUCCGUACUCCAUUGGUCGAUGGGUCACCGUUGACGGAGACGUUUUCAAUAGCAACAAUAAACAAAAUGAUCCUCUUCAGAAAUGGGCAUCGUGGAACCCGGAUGACGGUGGAAUCCUUCUAGUGUCAAGUAGCGAUGGGACCAAACUGGAUUGGGAUGACGAUUCGUAUACCCGAACUAGUUGGCCAGUGUCCAUCAUUUGUCGAAAAUAUUUUGGUUACGAAAGGUCUCCAAUCAACGGGAUUUAUUACAAUUUGCAUCACGAACCAGUUUCGGGUCACGACGCAGCUCAACGAAUUUGCGAAUCCGAAGGAGGACGCCUCGCCAAUCUCUUCAAUGUCACGAAUUUCGCCGCUGUUGAACGAUAUCGCAUUCAAGCGACCCUUUCAAAGACAAGGAUUCUAGUCGGUGGAACAGACGCAAAAACAGAGGGAACCUGGGUCAUGCCUGAUGGAAACACGCACAUUCUUGCCAAUCGCGUCAAUGAUCCUGAUCAACUGUGGACUGCUAACGAACCGAGCGAAGAAACAAAGGAGAAUUGUCUUUCUUAUAAUGCUGGCGAAACCGGGCUUACUGAUGCAUUUUGUGAUUCAACACAAGUGGGCGAUAAGUUUCUGUGCGAAAUUGUCGUUUAG